AUGAUGAUUUAUGACGUGCGCAUGGUCGAGGGUGGAAGCGAGGCCAAUCGCAACCUUGAUCGUUAUGUCCGAGGAUUCACGGGUGUCUGGAGGGGGGAGGGCGGUGAUAUAGAGGUUGCUGAGUGGUACGAUAUCGGGGCGCUUUGGGGAGUAGCUAAGCUAGUCGAGGAGAAGGCUGAACAGAGCGACACAUCGAGCUCAGAUGGCGGGAAAGUGGACCUUGGCAUCUCAACCGUUUGA